AUGGAAAUCUUGCGAUGGAUCAAUGCAUGUGUGGCUUUGCACAACAUGCUCGCUCAUCUUGGGGACUCAUGGGAUGAAAUGGAUCUUGCUGGGGAAGAUGGAGGUCUUGAGGCAGCAGCCAUGGUUCAACAGCAAGCAAGCCAUGUGACCUACAGCGCUCCGAGUCCACAACCCACAUCUAGUCUUCCUGCCUUGUCUCAUUGCACUUACAAAACUAUCGCCGAGGCUUGGAAAGAGAUCAGCAAGUCGACGGCCGACAAUUCGACGACUCGUUUGACGCUGAAUGCGAGUGUCAAAAGCCGGAGUAGUUCGAACAAGAUCUAUGCAUGUAUCGAUGCACAAGUAUGGUUACCGGAGAUGGGACAAGCGCAUUUCUUGGAUGGAAGUUCACAAGUGAUCGCCUUCGAGAUCGAUUGUCAAUCCUCCUCUUCUUCCUCUUCUUCAUUUAAUGGUCUUUCAUUCUCCCCACAUUCCAACCUCAAGAUGUCCACCGCUCCAGCCACUGUCAAGGAAGUCGUCGCCAUCCACGAGCUCAUGGAAGAGUCUCUCGGAAGGAUAUCUGGGCUUACCCGCAUGCAAUCCGUUCGGCGAGUCCGGGACGGUGGUCCUGAACACGAGCUUCUACCACGACGCGAGCUGGGUGCCGUUUGGACCGAGCUGUGCGCCCAGUCUGGACUAUCUCUCGGCCUUACGGGCGAUUCGCAAGGUGCCGAUCAACCUGCCCCUCUCGCAACAAGAAGCUCUCAUCCAUCGACCCAUCCAUCCUAG